GCCCUCCGCCCCCGGGAAGCCCCCCGGAAACCGCAGCUCCCUUUCUGCAAAAAAAAAAAAAAAAAAACCAAACACACAACAGGAGGAGGAGGAGGAAGAGAAGAGCCAAAUCGCCGCAAGGAGCCGGAGCUAGCGGGGGCCCGCCCGUCCACCUGUCGGGGGAGAGACGUGUCUCCCCGGCAGAGAUCUCUGGAGGUCGUCGAAGGGCACGUGGCCCCCUCUUUGGGAAGCAGGCCACCAGGACUGGCCUCUCCUGGCCCCCCCGGACGCGCCCCGCAACUUUGGAAAAGUUUGUGCGUGUGUGUCGGAGCGCCCCACCCCCCUCCUUCCCCGGACUGCCUCGGUUUCCCCCCACCACCACCCCGCCCAUGCCGCCGGUAAUCUAGGCGGGCGGAGGAGGAGGAGGAGGAGGCGGCGUCCAGGCCCGGCUCGGCCUGCGCUGGCCCCGGGGCCGUGGAUGGUUUUGUGGGGCUCCCGCUGGGCCCGGGGAGCGGGUCCGGGGGGCCAUGCGGGUGGGCUUCGGCGGCCUGAGGCGCCCCCCGCCCACGUGUCCGGAGCCUCGAGGCCGCGGGGCCAUGAAUUGCUGGGCGCUCUUCCUCUCCCUCUGGUACCUGCCCCUGGUCAGCGCCGAGGGGGACCCCAUCCCUGAGGAGAUCUUCGAGAUGCUGAGCGACCGCUCCAUCCGGUCCAUCGGUGACCUCCAGCGUCUCCUGCAGAUAGACUCCGUAGAGGAAGAUGUUACUGAGUUGGAGUUGAAUUUAACCCAGUCCCAUUCUGACGGCGACGUGGCUGUCUUGUCCCGGCAGAAGCGGGGCCUAGGGGAUGUGAAGGGGCCCGAGGCCAUGAACAGUGCUGCGGCCGGGGCCCUGCCGGCCGUGAUUGCCGAGUGCAAGACCCGGACGGAGGUGUUCGAGAUCUCCCGGCGCCUCGUGGACCCCACCAAUGCCAACUUCCUGGUGUGGCCGCCCUGCGUGGAAGUUCAGCGCUGUUCCGGCUGCUGCAACAACCGUAACGUGCGCUGCCGUCCCUCCCGGGUGCAGCUGAGACAUGUCCAGGUGAGGAAGAUUGAAAUCACGCGGAAGAAGCCGAUCUUUAAGAAAGCCACCGUGACGCUGGAGGAUCACCUGGCGUGCAAGUGUGAGACAGUGGUGGCCCCUCGGCCCCUGGUCCGCAGCUCAGGGAAGCCCCGGGUGUACCAAGGGGCCGUGACCCCCCGGAAGCCGCGAGCCCGGCGGCCUCCCAAGGGGAAACACCGCAAGUUCAAGCACACCCAUGACAAGAAAGCACUGAAGGAGAGCCUCAUGGCGUAGGGCCGGCCCCCGCCCGCCCGCCCGCAGAGGACAGAGAAACAGACAGGUUUAUUUAAUAUGGUAUUUGCUGUAUUGCCCCCAUGGGGUCCUUGGAGUGAAAAUAUUGUUCCGUCUGUCUGUCUCGGUGCCUGAUUCGGACGACAACUGGUGCUCCCCCUCCCACCUCCUCCUCUUCUUCCUCCUCCCGUCAGAGGCCCUCCCCUCGGCCCCUCGGCCUCGCUCCGUGAGGACUGGGGGAAGGAAGCCAAAGGCCUGCAAACCUCUCGCCCAGCUGGGCGGCCCGCGAUCUGCCUCUGCCGACGAGGGGGAGCAAAGCCUGUGGUGCAGGGAGGCUGGCGUGCCUCCCCCCAGCCCCCAGGCGUUCCCCACCCACAACCUGACCCGGCAGGGCCUCCGCAGCAGGGCACAGGGACUUGGGGAAGAUCUGCCAAAAGCCACGGGUGGACAAGGCUUCCUCGGCCGGCCCUGUCCCGGUCCGGGGAACCGGGGCUGGAGCAGAUCGGCCACCCUCUGCCCCCUGCCCCAAACUGCCUGGGCAGCCCCAGCCUCCGCCCUCAGUUAUUUCACUUUAUAUGUACAAACUGUUUUUUUUUUUUAAUGGGCCCUUCGAAACCGGGGUCUGUAGGGAGAGCAGCUGGGUGUUGGCCUCUUGGGAGGUCGGGGUGGGGAGGGCGGGCAUCUCAGGUGGGCAGAAGAGAAAGCAGCUUGCUUUCUGGGGUGAGAGAAGCCAAGGGUCGUCUAAUUCUUACCCUGGCCCUCUCCCCUUUUCUCUGGUUUUGUUCCUGCCACUCACUUCUGGCUCUUCCCACACCUCCUUCCUUCCUCUAGACUCCUGAUCCGUGGUUCUUUCGGCUGCCUCGCCUCUCCCAAAGACCCUUGGGGGAGGGGACCACAGGUGACAGGGUACACCCUGGCCGCCCUCCCCAAGGUCUAGGGGGUGUCCAGAAUGGGCUAUGGUUCACAUGGGGGUCAGGGAUGGUUCCCUUGUACUAAGCAGGGCCUUCCUUCACUAAUGCGUUUCCUGUUCCUGGAGGGAGCAAGAAAGCUAGUAGAUGGAGGUAGGGGAGAAAGGGGACCCCCCUUACCCUCUCCCCAAGACCAAAGGGCCUCUCUGAGCCCCCCCAAGCUCAUCCAGUGGAGUCUGACCUAACCCGCCCUCAUAGGCCAUAGACCUCUCCCUCCCUCCCCAUCCAGCGGUUGGUCCGGUGGCCCAUCUCCCAGGAUCUCCCAGGGCCGCUCCAGCCCCUUACCUCUCUCCUGCCCCCAGGGCUUUCCGCAACCUCCCCACCCCUUCGCCUCCUAAAAAUCCGCUUCCUUCAGUUUGUAAAGUCGGUGAUUAUUAUUUUUUUGGCUUUUAUUUUUUAAAUGUAAAAUUAAUUUAUAUUCUGUAUUUAAAGUUGUAAAAAAAAAACCACAAAACAAAAAUCAAACAACCCGUC